UAGUAGAAACAACGACUCUAAAUAUAGAAAACCAAAAUCGAAACCAAUAAUGUUAUUUAAAUUUUGAAACUACUGUUCGAAAACAACAUAGAAUAUUCUAUUAAAAUACUCCAAACAACGCCACGGUCACACGUCCAGUAGUGGUGAAAAAUGGUUAUAUGUGUGAAAAAUCGCCCGACCAGAGACAGACCGUCAGUUUUCUACGUGUUAGUGAUUCCUUCAUCAUCGAAUGGCAGACAGAAGUCUCGAAAACGGUAGUGACGUCACAACAAUGGAGACAUGGAAACCAUACAUGAGGAUGCUGAAUCAAACUUCGAAUUAGAUAAAGUCAAGAAAAAAUACUCCAACCUGGGCCACACGGUGUUGAUGGUACAACUUGAGCGUGGCGGGUCAGGCUUAGGUUUGAGCCUGGCCGGUCACAAGGACAGGAACUGCAUGGCCGUUUUUGUUUGUGGACUCAACCCAAAAGGGGCAGCAUACAAAGCGGGCUCCAUUCAAGUGGGGGAUGAAAUAUUAGAGGUGAACGGUGUAGUUUUGCAUGGAAGAUGCCAUCUGAAUGCUUCAGCGAUCAUCAAAGGAUUGUCAGGGCCAGUAUUCAAGGUCAUUAUUUUAAGACGAAAAGCUGCCAUCGAAGACAUCGCGGUAAAGCCUAUCACACAUUUUCCCAUUUCGCUAUCAGAUGAGGCCACGGAAGAGCAGUAUGCAUCGAGCUAUCCAAACGUUAGGACCGUUAGUGUUAAAAAGGGUACUCAAAGCUUGGGGAUCAUGAUAAUAGAAGGGCGCCAUGCUGAAGUAGGGCAAGGCAUCUUCAUAUCGGACAUCCAAGAGGACUCUGCUGCUGAAAAGGCUGGCCUGGAAAUUGGAGAAAUGAUCUUAGCUGUGAACAAAGAUUCACUGGUUGGAUCAAACUACGAAAAUGCAGCGAAUCUGCUGAAAAGAACCGAGGGUCUAGUGACUCUGGUGGUAUCGAAUCCAGGCAAAAAGUCCAGUGAAACACCGUCAGGCGAAUCUGGUGCAACGCCUGCAACGUCUGUCAGAUCUCAUUCUCCUGGAGCGUUGAAACCCCCAUCGACUGCUGGGUCGAAACCACCUUCGCGUCCUACUACACCCACACCAGAGCCUCCCGCAGAUCCUGCGACGUGUCCAAUAAAUCCUGGCAAAGACACGACAAUAGAAAUUAACACAGACAACAAAAGUUUGGGAGUUUUCUUCAUUGGAGGAAAAGACACACUUAUUAAUAGUAUAGUGCUGGUCGAAAUUUACCCUGGAGGUACUGCAGAUAAAGACGGAAGGUUACAACCUGGAGACCAAAUCUUAGAUGUAAAUGGUACAUCCCUGAAGGAUGUGUCACAUACUACUGCUUCACAGGCAUUGAGGCAAACGUUACCCAAGAUGAAGCUCAUAGUACACAGGCCGGCCACGCAGGAGUACACACCUUUAGACGUUGAACUUGUGAAAAAACCUGGGAAGGGAUUAGGCAUCAGUGUCGUGGCAAGGAAAAAUGGCAAGGGUGUUUACGUAGCAGAUAUUAUAUCUGGCGGACCAGCCGACAUGGACGGCAAAAUAGCGAAAGGUGAUCUAAUAGUCUCGGUGAACGGACAAAGCGUCGAGAACGCGGCGGGCGAAGAGGCGGGAGCAAUUUUGAAAAUCGCCACCGGGAAAGUUAGCUUAAAAUUAAAUAGAUACAAACCUGUACAAAGAUAAAAGUAGGCGGUGUCAGUUUAGCGGGAACAGAAUUAAGUUAACCGAACCGGACAGUAUGGUUGAGAAGUUGUUUUGUGAGGGGUAUAAAGGUCUAAAAGUGGAGAACGAGUAAAAUCCCAGAGAAUUUAGUGAAUUCAAAUGCAAAAAUACCAUUAUGGAGAAUAAUUGAAAAAAAUCAUGAAUGAGCACUGCGAUUGUUUUAUCUAACUCACUGUUUUCUCCACAAGGGCAUCGUAUUUUUUAUCCCUCACAAAAAAUAAUUACGAAUGUUACAACAUUAUUGCCAUGCAUUUAAUUUUUAGUUUCUAAAUAUGAAAGUUCAGUUUUCAUGAACUUAAAUGGUUGCAUUUAAUAGUUUUUCCUUUUCCAAAUAUGUACAAUACAGGGUGGAUCAGAUUUUAUUAAGAGUAGCAUGAUAAUUAUUUUCCUUGCAAUUAUUCUAAAAAAAAAAAAGAAAUGAACAAUAUGAUGGGGCCAAACGAUGGAAGUAGAGCAUAAGUAUAAAAGUGAUUGUGCCAAAAGUUUUAAUUCAAGACAUUAUUUCAUGUAACACCUGGAACCUAUCCUGUGGUUUUUAUGUUCAUAGGACUACAUUGUCUGUCAUAUGUUUUAAUUUCUGUUUAUUGUAUGACGUCUCGGCCACUACGGUGGCCUUUUUCAAACUCAAUGACGAUGACAGUUUUUUAUCUGUCGUUUAGGUGUCAGUCCAUUUAUUUUUUAUUUUCUUCAUUCCUAUACAGUGUCUUGCUUCAAUAGACUGAACGGUUGUGUUGUAUGCCGAUAUCGAGUGAAGCCAUAUUUAUAAUUUUAAGAUUACCGCGUAAAAUUAGAAUAGCCUAGGAUCGCAUAGGCACCUGUAUUACGUAACUCAAAAAGCAACAUUAUAUAGAUUUUUUAUGACAUUAUCUAGGUUUUUUGAACUAGCUGACAUUCAAUUCAUGUUCACUUUUAGUAGACGCGGCAUAAACUAGAGGCUAGCUAGUGCACACAUUGACAUUGUACCGAUUUUUUGACAUAUGGGUUUUUAACGUAACAACCCUGUCGUUCUUAAAACACAACCCCAUAUAUGUGGUUUGAUUGGACCAGACAAUGAAGUCCUGUGAUCAAGACAUUAUUUUAAGCUGCAUCUCACACACUUAACUUAAAGAAAUUACAGCUCAGAUGAUAACUGUUUCUGUCAAACGUAAAUUUCGUUCGGCAACAGAGUACUAAUAAUUCGCGUUGCUUUGUGUGUAAAUGUCGCUGUGUGCUCGUUUACACCGUGUGGUAUGGGUGAUUCAGAAAAUGGCGGCAACAUCUCUAGGGCAUAAAGAAGAUAAAAAAAACCCGAAAAGUUUAUAUAAAAAUGGGUCCCAAAAUAUUGACUCAAAAUUGUGUACAUGUUAACAGCAUAGUCAAUACAUACAAUGUUCGUGUCUGAGCUUACACCAGUUUCUUAAAAAUUAAGAAAUUUUGAAGAGAAGAAAAAAUAAAAUUAUUUUCUGUGACACUGACUUUUUUGAAACAUAUAUUGCAUCUUUAAAUAAGGUAUUUAAUUGGUUGAAUGUUUGAGGUAAAAUUCGUAUAAAAAACUCCAUCCCGUUCCACUUUAAAAAUAUGCUGUUGGUUAUUAAAGUUUUACACUGAAAAUUGCAUUUAGUGUUUUAGGAGAGUAGUCCUACCUGGAGGUUAUUUGAACAAUGUUCACUUUGAUCUUGUUGAGUCUCAUCAGUGACAAAAAAAUUUACUAAGCUGCGUGUCUUGGUGAUAGGAGGUUUUAGGACCUACACUUACAGUUACUUUUUUUGCUAUUUUUGGAUGUACUUAUAUUAUAUUGCCACGUUUUUUUGAAUAAGCGUUUGGCUAGCCAAUAUGUACUACGAAUUUAUCGUUUGACGUCAUCGACAGCUGUCAUCUGAGCUUCAAUUUUUUUACGUUAUAAGGAAGGCUGGAAGGUGUUAGCCUUAGGCGAAUGUCAUCUAUUCUUUAUUUACUGUCGUCCGCACCAUCAGUAUUUUCACUGAUCAUUCAGUCACUUUCAGUGGAUUUCCACGCAACCUUAUAUCCUGGCAACAUGGUGAUAGAUCACAGUAAAUACUCGUAUGACAUUCGUCUAAUAAUCCUAUUCCUAUCAAAAGAAUCUCAAAAAAUUAUGACAAAUACAUGUUAUGAAUGUUAACUGACACCCUGUAUGACUAUAAGUACUUUAGAUUAUAUAUUAUAUUUUUUGGAUCUAGUCAAUUUAUGUAUAUUGAUAAAUACACUUAGUAACAUUUUUAACAUACAUCUACCAUACACGCAUCUAAAACUAUGUAUUUCUUUAAUUUAUUAUUAUGAUGAUAUUGCUAUUGCAUGUUAUGUACGAAGUGUUCUAGAACGGGCACAACUAGGCCAAUUUUUUAAUUUAUAACACACAGUUUCUAAUUGAAGAUGCACGAAUUUUAUUGCUGAUUUCUGAAAUAUAUACUUUUUUUAAAUUUUCCUCAUAAAAAUAACUAAAACAACUGGUAAACUUACUAAACGUUCUAGAAUCACUAUGUAUACCAAAUGGUCUGUCUAUCACUGAAAAUGCAUGACAUUUUGAACUAUAAAAAUUCGCAUCUGAAAGGCUACUCUGGAAUAGUGACAUUGGUGCCCACAGGGCGAAGCCAGGACUCCUCCCCUGAAAAUCUUAUUAGCACUUAAAGUUUAUUAUAUUCAGCAUGGUUUUGUGUACAAUAUUGGCGAUUAUCAGAAUUUCAUCCUCCCUGAUAAAAUUUGUUAUCUCCGCUCUUUUAAAAGUUUUUGCCCCCCCCCCCGCCCCCGGAAAAAAAUAAGCUUGGAAAAUAAAUUUAAAAGUGUCGUCUUACUUUUUAACAUCUUCACUUUGUGCUCGAUAUUGACAUUUUUUGAGUAACACUGUAUAAAGCGGGCAGUUCUUUAUAUGUGUUGUGUGUUUUCAGUGUGUGACUUGACCAAUAGUGACAUUGGAAACUGCAUAUACUAUACACCUUAGGCAAAAAAGUCCCUUUUUGCUAGUAAAAUUGUGAUACAAAUAUUGUCCUUAAAAAUUAACUAGAGUAUGAAUAUAGUAUAAUUCAUCUUAGAAGGCUUGUCAGUAACAAUAUACAGAGGUAAGCUCAAAUAACAGAACAUGUGUAAUCAGAACCGCUAAAACCAAUUUAAAUUUAAAUUAUAAUUAAAAAAUAUUUAAAAAACCUGAUUAACAUCAGUGUCGCUAGCAGCAUUUAAAAUAAAACAGAUACAAAAACAAGUAAAUUUGAUUAUUGGUACAGAGUGUUUCAUUGAGAGAGGUAGAUAUAUAUUUCAACUGUGGGUAAAAUCCGUUGAUAUGAUUAUAAAAAAUCUAUAGUUAAUGGGCCUUUAGACUGUUAUAACCGACACACUUUUAUCGAUUUUGAUCAUUUAUUUAUGGUCUCACUUUUUACCACUCGAUACAUUUUUCUGAAACUUGGUUCGGGCACUCAGUUUAUGUUAUUGAAUCCAUCAUUCGAAUAGGAAAAGAAAUCAGGUUCGGAUUAGUUCAAAUUUGACAAAACCGUGUUACCCAAAAGCAACACCCUGCAUUCCAAUAAUGUACUCUUGUUAUUUAAGCAGACGAUCGAGCUAGACAUAUUGCUUUUAUUGAUUUUGAACUACAAACCUGGAUACUUGAUGGUCUAUUAAUUUUAUUUAAAACUAUGUGCGUCACCUUAGUGCAAGAUUCAGAAGAAGGACAUCUUAUCGAUCUCAUACUUCAUCUCUCGAUACGAUAUAUACUCGUAUACUUUCAGGUUAAUAUUACGAAAUAAAGGUUGACGGUUGCAUAUUGACACAUUGAAGAAAUUUUUAUUGAGGAACUCUCCAAUUUACACGUAGACGAUUAUCAUGCAGCCUGAUCAUCACUCGUAGUGUAAAUGGCAACAUUGUCUCGGUGGUACCUAUCCAUAUGUGUAUGAUUUAAUGAAGCUAGGAUAGGCUGGAAAUGCAUACCAAGUCAAAUCAAAAAUACUAAGGAUGUUGUAUCGAUUUUGGCCAUUUCUUUGUGGCGUCCCUACUUUACAACUAACCUGUACAUCUUAGCUGGCAAUUACAUUGUGAUAUUAAUGCGAAAAGAAAUACAUGUGGAAGUAUACAAACUUAUUUUAUCGAAAAAUAACCAGCCAUUCCCUGCGUCAUUAAAUCCACACCACUUGUAUGGCUACCACCGAGGCAAUAUUGCCAUUUGCACUGCGGUUGAUGAUUCGGUUGUGUAUUAAUCGUGUAUAUGUAAAUUUAAAAGGCUUACUCAAUGCAAAUAUCCUCAAUAGAUUCACUAUUUUUCAGCAUUGAAUCGGGAUUUGCGAUGGAUUUUCUGGUUGUAUGCACCCAUGGGCACGCACAUACAUAAACUUCUAGAGGAAUAUACAUCUUGUGCUUUGUACAUAAAUGUAAUGAAAUUCGACCUCUGCAACCGCCAACCUUUAGUUCUUAAUCCGGAUCUGGAAUUAUGUUUUUAUUGAUCGAGAUAGACUAGCUAAUCAAUAAAAUGACUUCUAAAUCUGACACAUAUAGUGUUAAAUAGUUAAUAGACCAUAUGAUGAACAUCCUUGUACUCCAAAAUGAACAAAAUCAGUAUCUCCAGUUCAUACAAAAUCGUCUGCUCAAAUGACAAAACUGGGUUGUUGGAACGAGUUUUUGUGCUUUCCAAAUAUGUGAGCCAAAUUUUUACUAGUCAAAUCCUGUAUCCCUUUUCCAGUCCGUAUUUUAGUUGAUUUCAUAGCUUAAGCUGUGUAUGAAUACCCCGUUUUAUAAGAAUAUAACGGGUUAAAAAGUAAACUAUUUGCCGGUUAUACUGCCUCUUUAUGGUAAAGACAGUAUGCACUUGACGUUAUUUCAACUUUCUCUGUAUAUGGCGAUGAUAAUUUUUUCCGUUUCCAGUUUUGGUGUCCUAAACACAUUAUUAUAUGCCAUUGAUUAUGAAAUAGGGUAACAUAGCUCGCUGUUAAUAUACUAAGUGACAGAAAAUAUAACACCGGAUGUUCAUAUUAUCAAUAAACCCUACUGAUGUACUACGGGGUUGGGCAGUAACAAGUACGUUUUAAAAAAACACUGACUGCGGAAGGCAGUGGUCACUGCUCUAUUAUUUUUGAAUUCUCAUAAAGUGUCUUGUUCGGAAAGUCCAUGUUUACUGCUCUUUAAAGAGAUGCAAUGAUGUAUGAUGAGGUUGAAGCUUUAGCAUAGCCUUGUCUCUAACUACAUCCAUCAGGUUUGCCUGAUUUAUACGCAUGUAGUUUUUACUUGUAGAAGCUACACCAAGAGCAAUAAAAUAUCUGAAACACUAAUCAAACUGGGGAAAACGUUUUGUAAGAUACAUCAAGUAACAAAUCCCGAAUGGGCGUAAGUUUUCUGACGUAAAUUUCAAAAACUGCUCUACCUUAACCUCCCAGUUGAAUGCUUUUUGUGUAGGUUUUUAUGUUAUAAAUUUGAGUUUCGUAUUGCCCAUUUCACUGCCCACACCCUUAGUUAUCACAAAGCUGGCG